AUGUCACAUACAUUCAUUAUCUUAGAUGGUCACCCAAACGUAUUUGCGCCGACAACAAGAAAUACUAAAGAAAAAACUGAUCCAACACAGCAACUGCCACUGCUCCCUCUUUGGGCAAAUAUGGUGCAAGCUUCGAUCGAGUUUUGUCGCGUUACUUGGGAUCUUCAACACUUGAAAAGAUACCUUAUCAAUGUGCUUAUAGCAGGAGAAACACCUAUCUUAUUAAACGAUUUACAUCAACAAAGCAUACAACAGUUAGAAAGUCAGUUUCCUCACGCCCAACCUCGACAAGCUUUCACACACGACCGACUACAAGCUGCGAUUGAAUAUGCUUUUCGCAUUUAUUCAGGCACCAAUAACAAUGAAGCAUUAAGGCGUUGUCGUAUUGUUAUUUUAGCUGUUGCAAAACAAUCCACAGAGAAAUCAUUUGAAUUUCGAAAUAAUCCUGAUGACCCUGCCCGAGAUCUUCGUACCAUGGUUUAUAAAGCAAUUGAGAAUACAAAUACUCUCAAAAUAGACCAUGUUCAAGUAGACAUUUUGCGUUUAUUACCGUAUGUUGAGACGCCAGAGACUCCUUUGCCUCAUAAGAUUACUUCAAAACGAAUUUCUUCACAACUUACCAUGUCAGUCUAUAAUAUUCCAAAUGGCCAAGAUGAUUUGAAAUAUGCUAUGCGCCACUUGGCACAACUUUACUAUAAUGUCCAUGUGCUACAUAUAUCCAAUAUUCCAAUGAAGGCAAAACAAGCUCAAAUUACACGUACAAUAACUUUGUAUUAUCAAGCAAAUGGUCAUCAUUUGAUAAAUCAACAAGAACCAAUACGAAACUUUAACAUUCAUGAUCCAGCUUACCUCAAAUACCGAGAACUAAAAUUGAUUUAUUCUAAACAACACGAAUGGUGCACAUGCAUGCAUAGUAUAUCACCUCUUAAACUUCAUGACCUGGCCACACAAGUAUUUCUAGACAUGACAUUCCAAGGUAGCAUUUCCUAUCUCGUAACAAAUGAAACAAAGGCUUGGACGCAUAUCUUAAUGGCACAGAACGGUGCUAUCUUUUUGCAUUGUCUCAACAGUCAACUUCAGCAACAAUUCUCAGAAGCAGAAAAAGACUUGAUCUCAUUAUCCAAUGUCAAAAUUGAAGGCAUGUUGGACCAAGGUGUACAGACAACGGUUUCCAAAACGUCGGAAUUAGCGGACACCAUUCUUCGGCCAAACUCUUUUGAGACUGUGAAACAAUACUUGGAAACUGUUGCCAACAAUCCGUUGUGCAAGACAGUACCACUGAAUCCUUCACGUUUCUCACAUCACCUGCCAAUCACACAUAAAUUAAGCGAAAAGAACACUUUGUAUACAUCACGUUCGAUUGAAAAAGCAACUCGGUGGCGCACUUGCUUCCGAGAUUGUGAAGGGACAGACAGAUUUCCUAUUACAUUAGACGAUGCAAGCUCUAUUGAAGACGUAUCGAUGGAUGUAUUGAAUGGUAUUCCUAACAGUUCUGGAUUUGGUGUGGCUAUAGGUCUUGUGCGCGACUUGCUUGAACAACUCCAAGAUAUUUUAUUAAAAGAUAAAAUCUUGGACAAGGAAAUCAAGCCUACAAAGGAAUUGGUUUCAAUGAUCGUUGUUGAGUUGGUCAAUGGCAUGGAAGGCUUAGGUCAAAAAUUGUUUAUCAAGGGCUUGCCUAAACAAGAAGCCAAGCUUGUUUCAAAAAAACUAUUGGUGGCAUUGUAUUUAGUAGGCAAAAGAUUUGCUAAUGACUCCAAUCAACAUCGUGAGCUUUGUGCACACAUUAUCUCGACUAUCAAAGAAAGAACUGAGUAUCAAUUAGAAACCAAUAAAGCAACGCAAAUCAAGAAAGAAGAAGCAGGGCUAGACGAUGUAUGGAACCAAGUGACACGUUAUGAAAACAUGUCCUUGAGAGAGCGAGAAGAAGCUGCCCAAGGUAUUUUACCAGAUAUCAAACAAGAAAAACAGGCUGCCGAACCUAUACUGUUUGCUGGACAGUUACCUCCGCAAUUACUUCAGUCUACACCGUCAUCAAAUACCAAAUUCAAUCCUAGUUUUCGAUCUCGUCGAGGGGGACAAAAUACAACAACAGCCCCAUCCGAUCCAAGACAACACCCUUUGCCAUCUACCGGCUCAAAGAAGCCGACCUAUCCAGAUCCUUCUGCAGCCGUUCCUUAUUUAACAUACAUCAGUCCUACUUUGGAAGAAAAAGCAGAUGAAGAGCGACAAGAAGAAAAUAGCUUAGGAAAUCCUGGUAAUUUGUUAUGGCUCUAUUGGAUGCAUCAAAAAGCAGGGAAACGAGGCAACCAAGAAGAAGGCGACCUCAAUAGUGGUACUGAACUAGUUCACAAAAAUAAUGUAUGGAAGCGUGUCAAGAAGGAAUUUCAGGGACGACUGGCUCAGGCAGGAGAGAAAGGAGAGAUGUUAUAA